AUGAUUAUCGACCGCGAUAGAGAGUUUGUUUCGCACCUCGUGAUCAACUCGGUCAACUUGGCGCCGCCCAUCCACGCGCGCUUCGGCAACGGGCUGGUGUACGGCUUUAUAGAGGGCCGUUCUCUGGAAUUCACAGAGCUCGCCGACGAACGUCUGUACCCGUUGAUAGCCGCGAAACUGGGGCAGUGGCACCAGCAGGUCCAGGUGGACGCGAUCGAGGAGUGUUUGGCUAAGCUGCGCCGGGAGUUCCGGGGCUCCAAGCCCGAAUCGAGCGCUUCUGAUCUGUGGUCUGUGCUCUCGAACUGGAUCCAGCUUCUACCCGAGAUCGAGGGCAUUACCAGCAGCUGUGCGCAGAACAUCGACAUCCGCGAGGUUCAGGAUCCGCAGGCGUCGCUUGUGGACGUUCUGAAGGCCGAACUGGCCUGGCUGCGCGUCCAGCUGCACUCGAAGUCGCCGUUGGUGGCCAGUCACUGUGACCUGCUAAGCGGGAACGUGAUCAUUUCCGAAGAUCUGUCGCAGAAGCUCAAGACUGGCCUCUCAGCGUCCGACAUGGAGUACUACAAGCAGUACAACCCGAUAUCGUUUAUAGAUUACGAGUACAUGGUGAAGGCACCGCGGGCCUUUGACAUCUCGAAUCAUUUCAUGGAAUGGCAGGGAUUCAAGUGCGAGCGACACAGAAUCCCCAAAGCAGAGAAGUCCAACCUUUUACUGAGACGAUGGUGUGCAGCGUACUUGGGACGGCAUUUCGCUGAUCGACUUCGACUAUAG